AUGGGGAAUUUCAAAGCCAUUAGCUGCUUUAGCCCUAACCUGGAUCUUCACCGGGAUCCCAGAUGGGGUAGGGCAAAUGAAGCAUACAGCGAAGACCCUUUCCAUGUCGGAGAGUAUGGGUACAAAUACAUUAAGGGUCUACAUGGGAACCAUCCAAGAUACCUGCGAGCAAGUGCUACCCCGAAACAUUUCGAUGUUUCUGGUGGUCCAGAAAGCGGACGGAUGAACUUUGACACAAAGGUGUCGGAAAGGGAUUUCAGAACUUAUUUCCUGCCUCCAUUUAGAAGAGGUAUUGAGGCCGGCUCUACAGGUAUCCUUUGCAGUUAUAACAGGCUUAACGGCGUACCUGCUUGUGCCAAUGAUAAGCUUCUCAACCAAGUUCUGAGGAAGGAAUGGAAGUUUAAAGGUUAUGUUAUUGCCGACGCCGGGGCGAUCCAUCACAUGAUAGACCAGCACAAGUACUACCACGACGCGAUGGAGGCGUGCGUGGGUUCCCUCACAGCUGGCUGUAACCUAGAGUGCCAGGGGAACAUACAACACAGAACUUACCUUAAUAUCCCCAAGGCUAUACACGAUGGCAAGUUGAAGGAAAGUUUCGUACGGGAUAUGGUGAAGCCCCUCUUCUACACUCGGAUGCGCCUGGGAGAGUUCGAUCCCCCGCAGAUGAGCCCUUACUCGACACUGGACAUCCACCGAGAGGUGCUAACACACGACCAUUUCCAGCUGGCGGUCGAGGUAGCCUCUAAAACAUUCGUCCUGCUUAAGAAUGACGGCGUCUUGCCCAUCAAACAUAAGUACGGAACUAUUGGGGUAGUUGGUCCAAUGGCCGACGAAGACGAACAGAUAUUCGGAGAUUACAAGCCUGAUACCGAUCGCCAUUUCAUCAGGACUGUGUUGCACGGCCUAAAACGGAUGGCCAACCACGUGAAAUUUCACAGCGGAUGUAAAGACGUCCACUGUAACCAGUAUGAAAGCAGCCACGUGAAGAGCACUAUUGCUGACGUGGACGCCAUUUUCGUCGUUCUGGGAACAGGUCAAGCUAUAGAAAGCGAAGGACAUGACAGACAUGACUUAGACCUACCCGGACACCAAGAGGAUCUCCUGCAAGAUGUUGUCCAUAAUAAUCAUGCCAAUAAACCAGUCAUCUUGUUGCUCCUGACCGGAAGUCCUGUUAACCUGCAAUGGACGAUGGGCCAGUCCCAUAUCAACGCCAUCAUGGAGUGUUUCUUUCCCGCUAUGGCUGCUGGUGACGCCAUAUAUAACGUACUGACCAACUCUGGCCAUAACUCAGUACCUGCCGGCCGACUACCAUUUACCUGGCCCGAGAGUAUCCAUCAGAUCCCCUCUAUAAGCGACUACACCAUGUCCGGUCGUUCUUACAUGUACUUCAAAGGUGAUCCGAUGUUUCCAUUUGGCUAUGGUCUGUCUUACACAACUUUCCAUUACGACAGCUUGCACCAUGACAACUCUGUUCAGGCAGGCCAUGACAUGUCCGGGUCCGUUGUCAUUCAUAACACGGGCCACUACGACGCCGAUGAGGUUGUACAGGUAUAUAUAUCUUGGACCGACCACCAUCACCCCACGCCCCAACGUGCCCUGGCUGCCUUUGACCGCAUACAUAUCAAGAAAGGCUCCUCCGCCGCAUACAAAUUUACGGUUGGUUCCAAAAGCAUGGCGGUAUGGGACGACCACCAAGGCUGGGAAAUCACAGCAGGUACCAUCAAACUGUACGUAGGAGGUCAACAACCUAACCAGAAAAAGUCUGUGGGAUCCAAUGUACUGGCUGGCUCUUUCAACAUUCACGGCUCAAAAAUCCUGGGGAAAUACUAGCUUCUGUCUUGUUAGUCUGAAUCCUUCUUGUUUAUCUUUCGUUCUUUUUUGUUUGUAAAUAAAUAUGAAAA